AUGCUGAAGCCUACCAAACGGUUUGUAGAGAACGUAAAGUCCUGUGUUUAUCAAUUUGUCUGGAAGAAGAAGCGGCCAUUACUACGCAAAGAACUUAUAUUCCUACCCAAGUCCAGAGGUGGUCUUGCUGUUCUCAACCCUUCUCUUCAACAAUUGAUCCUCCAAAAACGCUGGCUCAAUUGCCUCGUUGAACCGCAGAAAUAUCCGUCCUUCUUGCGUCCCUUCAUGCUCUAUCACGUAUCACUGCUACCAGCGUCAUCAGAGUUUCCUUACUUGGCCUUCGUAGAUGCUGAAUACCGCAAGUCCUACCUGAUACACAAGGAUCUUUCUAUUUGGCAUUCUAUCUUCGCCAUGUAUGACUAUUUUGAUUUCAGUGGACUUCAACACGUGGAUUUCCUUCCGGUCCAGACCAUCCUGCAAUUGCCUUUGCACAAGCUUCUCAUAGGCCUCAGCGAUGAUCACUGGUUCCAGCGUCAUCCCAAAUUUCCAGCAAACAAGUUUCUGAUCUUUGAUAGCCAACAACAAAGGCUGCGGCUUCGUGUUGCUUCUGAAUAUUCACGCUACUCGCUUCUUUGCGCCUCGCUUUAUCAAGAUAUUCUCAUGCUCAAAACCGUCAAACUGAUUCCUGGGGUGUGGCCUCACAAUACUACGCCAAGUAUCCUUUGA